GUUUUUCUCUCGAUCUCUCUCACUUACUUCCGCAGCUGGCGUGACGUAAUAGAACCGUUUACGUUUUGGCAUAUGUCGCUCUCGCUCUCCCGUCUCGUCGUUGUUGUUGUUUUUAAAUUCGUUUCAUUUUGUUUGGCAUCUCCGACGGCGUUAGAAGUGCAUAUUCCGUACGUAAUUCUUUUAACGUGUGUGCGUGCGCGUGUGCGAGUGUGUGUGGCAAACAGCUGUUCGGAGAAGAAAAGAAGAAAAUAACGGGUCAAGUGCGACGCCACAUUACUGAAUGAAUUGGUUGAACCAUGAACUUCUAAAUCCCCAAUGACGCAGCGAUAGAUAAUACUAAUAACAGCACUAUCAACUAAUUUUAAGCGAUUUUAAUGUUGAGCUAGUCUAAAGCUUAAGCCAAAGCCACAACGAACAAAGUCUCAAAAUGGCCAAGGUAACAAACUGGGACAAAUUUGUGCUGUUGCUGUGGAAGAAUUGGACCCUCCAAUGGAACCACAAGUGGCAGAUGGUCAUCGAGCUGGUGCUGCCAGCUAUAUUCUCCUUGCUUCUGGUCUUGGUCCGCACCCUGGUUGACACGGAACAGAUGGACACCAAAUUAUAUACAUCGCAAAAUAUUACAGAUCUGAGUCUGUUGAAACAUUCGUUGCAUAGUUCGUCCUACCUUGGCAAGCUUCUAGCGCUGAUUGCACCCAAUCGACGGAGGAGCACGCUGUCGGUGAGCAACUUUCAGUACGCGGUUUACUACUCGCCCACCAAUCCGGUGCUGGAAAAACUGGUCACCGAGGCAUGGACCAGCCUCCAGAUGUCCGAGAACACGAUAUAUGCCUCGACAAAUGCCGCCCAACUGCAGACGGAUGUGGUUGGAAAGAAUGCCUUUGCCGGCAUCCAGUUCGACGAUGCCUGGGCAAAUGUCACGAAUAUUGCCCAGCUGCCGCAGGAUUUUCACUUCGCCUUGCGCUUUCCGUCGGAGCUGCGAACGGCAACGAUAGCGAUAGCAAACACCUGGCUGACCAUGCGACUCUUUCCCACCAUCGAUCUGACGGGGCCGCGUAACGAGAAGGAUGAGGAUGGGGGUAUACCGCCGGGAUAUCUACGCGAAGGUUUCCUGCCGCUGCAACAUCAGCUAUCGAUGGCGUACAUCAGGCAGAGAUCGGGGGAGCAGGAACUGCCGGAGGUGGUGAUGCAACGCUAUCCAUAUCCGGCCUACAUAUAUGAUCCGCUGCUGGAGGGCAUGUCCUCGAUAAUGUCACUGAUCAUCUUGCUGAGCUUCAUCUAUCCGUGCACGUACAUCACCAAGUACAUCACCGCCGAGAAGGAGAAGCAGCUCAAGGAGGUGAUGAAGAUCAUGGGGCUGAGCAAUUGGCUCCAUUGGACCGCCUGGUUUGUCAAAUCCUUCAUCAUGCUGACCAUUUCGGCCAUUUUGAUUGCCAUCCUAGUCAAAAUCAAUUGGUCUGAGGAUGUGGCGGUGCUAACGCAUGCCAAUUUCACUGCAUUGGUCUUCUUCCUCAUCAUAUACAUCAUUGCCAGCAUCUGUUUCUGCUUCAUGAUGGCCACCUUCUUCUCGCGUGCCAGCACGGCUGCCGCUGUCACGGGCCUGAUAUGGUUCAUCGCCUACAUCCCGUACUCCUUCACCAUCAAUACCUAUGACGACCUGAGCUUGACCUCCAAGCUGGGCUGGAGUUUGAUCUCGAACACGGGCAUGGGCUUUGGCAUUAAGCUGAUAUUGGGCUUCGAGGGCACCGGCGAGGGCUUGCAGUGGAGUAACUUCUUCACUCCGGUGUCCGUGGACGAUACCCUGACUCUGGGCGCUGUGAUGAUUAUGAUGCUGGUGUCCUGCUUCAUCUGCAUGACCAUCUGCCUGUAUGUGGAGCAAGUGAUGCCGGGCAGCUUUGGUGUUCCGCGUCCCUGGCACUUCCCCUUCAGCCGGGAGUUCUGGUGCGGCGAGCGGGAGUACACGGGCGUGGAGGAUAUACCCAAUGGAGGACCUACCCGGGAACAGCGGGAUCCCAAGGCUUUCGAGGCGGAGCCGGAGGGAAAGCAUAUCGGCCUGCAGAUGAGAAACCUCAAGAAGCGCUUUGUGGCCGACAAGAUGGUGGUGAAGGGUCUGUCCAUGAAUAUGUUUGAGGACGAGAUCACCGUUCUGCUGGGACACAAUGGUGCCGGCAAGACCACAACCAUAUCGAUGCUGACCGGCAUGUUUCCGCCGACGAGUGGAACGGCCAUCAUAAAUGGCAGUGAUAUUCGCACCAACAUCGAGGGCGCCCGCAUGUCCCUCGGCAUCUGUCCGCAACACAAUGUCCUCUUCGACGAGAUGAGCGUAUCGAAUCACAUUCGGUUCUUUAGCCGCAUGAAGGGUCUCAAGGGCAAGGCCGUGGAGCAGGAGGUGGCCAAGUAUCUGAAGAUGAUCGAGCUGGAGGAUAAGGCGAAUGUGGCAUCUUCGAAACUCUCUGGCGGCAUGAAGCGCAAACUGUCCGUUUGCUGCGCCCUUUGUGGCGACACAAAGGUGGUUCUCUGCGAUGAACCGAGUUCCGGCAUGGAUCCAUCGGCUCGUCGCCAGCUGUGGGAUCUGCUGCAGCAGGAGAAGAUCGGACGCACCCUGCUAUUGACGACACACUUCAUGGAUGAGGCCGAUGUCCUGGGCGAUCGCAUUGCCAUCAUGUGCGACGGUGAGCUCAAGUGCCAUGGCACAUCGUUUUUCCUGAAGAAACAGUAUGGCUCCGGAUAUCGUUUGAUCUGUGUUAAACGCGAUGAUUGUCAGACGAACGAAGUGACAGCGUUGCUAAACAAGUUUAUUCCCGGUAUAAAGCCGGAAUGCGAUAUCGGUGCAGAAUUGUCCUACCAGCUGCCGGAUAGUGCAUCCGAUAAGUUUGAGGAGAUGUUUGGCCAGCUGGAGGAUCAGUCCGAUGAGUUGCACCUCAAUGGCUAUGGCGUUGGCAUCACCUCCAUGGAGGAGGUCUUUAUGAAGGUGGGCGCUGAAAAGGAUAUAUCUGGCAAUGUAAAGGAUCCCAGUGAGAUAAUGAACGGCGGCACCGGUUAUCAUCCAUCGGGCGAGGACAAUGACAACGAAUCAGUGCAGUCCGAUGGCAUCUUCUCGGAGAACCGACGCCUGCUCCAGGGACUGCAGCUGCUGUCCAAUCAAUGGAAGGCUAUGCUCCUCAAGAAGUUCCUGUACACGUGGCGUAACAAGUUGCUCCUGCUCAUCCAGAAUAUAAUGCCCGUAUUCUUCGUGGUGGUCACCAUUCUGAUUAUUGAGACGCAGGGAACGUUCCAGGAGCUGAAGCCUAUCACCAUGUCUCUGACCCAAUAUCCAUUGGCUGUCACCGUUCUGGAUCGUUCCAGUGCGACCAACUCGAUCAGCUCAGCUUAUGCCAAUCAGUACGAGGCUUUGGCCAAGUCCCAUGGCAGUGACUAUGCUCUCGAAGUGACGGGUACUGCGAGCUUUACGAACUACAUCCUUGAGCUUGGAAAGACGAUUCAGGUGCGGAUCAAUUCACGCUAUUUGGUGGCCGCCAGCAUCGCCGAGUCCCGGAUCAUCGCCUGGCUGAAUAACCAGGCCCUGCACACAGCCCCGCUGACCGUCAACAUGGUGCACAAUGCCCUGGCAAAGCAAUUACUUGGUGCGGAUGCCCACAUAGCGGUGACGAACGCCCCCUUGCCAUACACGCCGAAUACGCUGCUCUCGCAGCUGAGCACCGGCAACAAUCUGGGCACCCAGCUGGCCUCCAAUCUGUGCUUCUGCAUGUGCUUCGUCAGCUCCAUAUACAUACUGUUUUUGAUCAAGGAACGCGAAUCGAGGGCCAAGCUGCUACAGUUUGUGGGCGGCGUUAAGGUGUGGACCUUCUGGCUCUCCCAGUUUAUCUGUGACUUUGCCACCUACAUUGUGACGGCUCUGAUUGUGGUGAUCACGAUCGUUUGCUUCCAAGAGGCGGGCCUGUCCACCUUCCCGGAACUGGGUCGAUACUUUUUGCUGCUGCUGCUCUUUGGGUUCUCCGUUCUGCCGUUUAUCUACAUCAUGUCGCUGUUCUUCAAAGAGCCGGCCACGGGUUUUGCCCGCGUCUCCAUUGUCAACAUCUUUUGCGGCAUGGCCUUAUUCAUAGUCGUCGUGGUGAUGUCCUCCGAUUUCUUUGACACAAAGGAUACGGCGGAUAUCUUGGGCUGGAUCUUCCGCGUCUUCCCCCACUUCUCAUUGGCAAUGGGCUUGAAUAAGGUCUAUACCAAUACGGCGACGAGGAAUGCCUGCGAGAAGGUAUCAGCGAUACCUCCCAUUCUUCUCUGCGAGUUGAUACCGCAGUGUUGCAAUAUCAAGCCUUAUUUUGCCUGGGAAGCGCCUGGAGUUCUCCCCGAGACUCUCUACAUGACUGUCACCGGCGUUGUCUUCUUCCUCAUCAUCAUCAUUUUGGAGUUCCGCCUGAUCGGAGAACUGAUGUUUAAAAUCCGCCAAUUGUUAUCAAAACCACCUCCUCCUCCACCUGAGGGCCACUUGGAUGAUGAUGUGGCCCACGAGCGUGAACGCAUCCUUCACAUGAGCUCCGAUGAGCUGGCCGCUAAGAAUCUGGUCCUGGAUCGGGUCACCAAAUACUAUGGACAAUUCCUGGCUGUCAAUCAAGUGUCGCUCUGCGUGCAGGAAGUGGAAUGUUUUGGCCUCUUGGGCGUAAACGGAGCCGGCAAGACGACAACAUUCAAGAUGAUGACCGGCGAUGAGCGUAUCACCUCCGGUGCCGCAUAUGUCCAGGGCCUGAGCCUGGAGUCGAACAUGAACAGCAUCUACAAGAUGAUCGGCUACUGUCCGCAGUUCGAUGCCCUGCUGGACGAUCUGACGGGUCGCGAGGUGUUGCGCAUCUUCUGCAUGCUGCGUGGCGUCCAGGAGUCGCGCAUUAAGCAGUUGUCCGAGGAUUUGGCCAAAUCCUUUGGCUUUUUCAAGCACAUUGACAAGCAGACACACGCCUAUAGCGGUGGCAAUAAGCGAAAGUUAAGCACGGCGAUAGCUGUGAUCGGUAGUCCGUCCGUAAUUUAUCUGGAUGAACCCACAACCGGCAUGGAUCCGGCUGCUAGGCGACAGCUCUGGAAUAUGGUCUGUCGCAUCCGAGACUCGGGCAAAUCGAUUGUCCUUACCUCGCACAGCAUGGAGGAAUGUGAGGCGCUGUGCACGCGACUGGCCAUAAUGGUCAAUGGUGAAUUCAAGUGCAUUGGAUCGACGCAGCAUUUGAAAAACAAAUUCUCCAAGGGUCUCAUUCUUAAGAUCAAGGUGCGUCGCAAUAUGGAGGCAUUGCGGCAGGCGCGAUUGAGUGCCGGCUAUGCGAGAAGUCCGGAUGAGCCAACGGUUCCGGCACAAAUGGAGCAGCAGAAUAUUGAUGCCGUCAAGGAGUUUGUUGAGCGCGAAUAUCCAAACUCGAUUUUACAGGAGGAGUACCAGGGAAUUUUAACGUUCUACAUUCCAUUAACUGGCGUUAAAUGGUCGCGCAUUUUCGGCCUGAUGGAGAGUAAUCGUGACCAGCUGAAUGUGGAGGAUUACUCCGUUAGCCAGACGACGCUGGAGGAGAUCUUCUUGGAGUUUGCCAAGUACCAGCGCGAGGACACGCGUGCCAAUCAGUGAGCUAGCCUCCCCCCCUCUCCCAAAAAGAAAAAAACCUUAGAUCCAGUGUUGAUAACACCAUCUGGCUUAUAAGCGGGCUUCUCGGCUUUUUGGCUUCAUCCAUCAACCAACCUGUUGCAUCGCACAAAAAGAAAACAAGUCAAGCACACAGCAGCACAGAUACACUUUCCUCGCUCAUAUCAACGACAGCACAGCAUAGCAAAUUCCCAAAAUUUUAUUAUUAACGAUUUUAUGUUGUAGUUGGUAGCUAACCCAUAUAUCCAGGCCUCAACCAUUCAAACGAGCUAACUUCGCCGCAUGCGUAGAUCACGUAGAAAAGCUAACAGAUGGAGUAUUUUAUGUUUUAUUUUUCAGUGUGUCCCAAGCUACUAAUUGUUAACUUGUGUAAUGUUUGUUCUCUCUUUCGAUUCCCCAAAAAUAUAUACAUAUAACCAGCAGCCUGUCCGAGUUGAGGAAGCUGUGCCAGUGCCUGCUAGCCAAUGAGUAUUGAGUACCUGUACGAAACUGUUCCUCACCUGAACUAAUUACCUACACUCAUGUACACAAACGAUAAUGUUUUAUACAACGCCGAUGCCUCAGCAGAUAGUUUCUAAGCUCGAGACCAGACAAUAGAUAGCAGAGAUUAUGCCUUAUUUUCUUGUGAUCAUCUAGCAAAAUUUACACAUUUAAGAACAGAGAUUUGUAUAAUGUACUAUAAUAUAAUAUAUAUAUAUAUAUAUAUUUAUGUAUAUCUGGUUGACCUGCACACACACACACACGUACAUAAUGUUUUAAUUUUUACAUUUUUUCGCCCUAAAAGUAUUCCCAAAUUUGUUGCAUCGAUGUACUUAGAAGCGUGUAAAUAGGUCAAUUUUAUUGUGGCACAAACCCUACGAUACAUAUGUACGAGAAUUUACCAAAUAAUGUUUUAUGUGUACUAUACAAAUUAAUUAAAUUUUAUCUAAACGUAAACGAAAACAAAAACAAAAGAAAAAACGUUUAAUGGGACUUGUGACCGGGGAAAUUGAAGAUUGUGGAAACUUCUUCGGGAAGAAUAUAUUUGAUUUAUAUAUUUACGAUAAAGACAAAUAAAUAAUAAAAAAAAUAAAAUAAAACUCACACAACAA